GUGCGCUUAGUGGUAGCUGCUGCGACGGCGUUUCAAAUAUAUACAGUACCAAAUACACACGACUGUCGAUUGUACUACGUUAUUUUUUUUUUGUAUUUCGUUGUUUUUUUUUUUUGUGUCGGCGCAACAACAACAGUCGCUCUUUCUCUGUGACUUCUUCAUUUCUGUUGUGUGUGUGUGUGUAUGCGUGCGUUCGUGUGAGGAGCGUCAACUCAAAUACACUCGAGGAAAUUUUUUCAGAUCAGUUCAGCGCACGGAGCAGCGGCGAGUUGAGCCUCCCACGAAACAGUUCGACGGCUCAGUACGGCUCGCCCGAUGUGCAUUCUCUCAAGCGUUAUGUUGGACAAGUGAUGUGUGAACGAGUGAACGAGCGCAGCAAUAAAGCCCAAUUAUAUAUAUGUGUAUUUAUAAACAAUCAAUCAAUCCAUCAAACAAUCGGUUAAUGAAGCUAACUUAUUAAAAAGAAAAGGAAAAUAAAAACAAAAACAAUAAGAAGGAAAAAACUGCCAUCCAACGACUUCAGUUCGUAGUCAGCGUCUGUCAAUCAAUCAAUCGAUCAGAGGACAAAGGAUUCAUCUACCAAUCUGCCAGUCAAUCAAUCGAACAAUCGACUUAUCGAUCAAUCAAGCAACACAAAAGGAAAACCACUUCUAUAUCUUGCCACACUCAGCACUCGAUCAAUCAGUGAAUCGAUAACGGUAAAGUGCCAAAAUGUUUGAUGUAUUUGGCUCCGUAAAGGGGCUGCUGAAAAUCGAUCAGGUGUGCAUCGAUAACAAUGUCUUCCGGAUGCAUUACAAGGCAACGGUGAUCAUACUGAUCGCCUUUUCGCUACUCGUCACAUCUCGCCAGUAUAUCGGAGAUCCGAUCGAUUGCAUUGUGGACGAAAUACCGCUUGGCGUGAUGGACACCUAUUGCUGGAUCUAUUCGACGUUCACGGUGCCCGAGCGCCUAACGGGUGUCGUUGGCCAUGAUGUCGCCUCGCCAGGCGUCGGCUCCCAUGUCGAUGGCGAGGACAAAGUCAGAUAUCACAAGUAUUAUCAAUGGGUCUGCUUUGUGCUCUUCUUCCAAGCGAUUCUAUUCUAUGUGCCGCGCUAUCUCUGGAAGUCAUGGGAAGGCGGCAGAUUGAAGAUGCUGGUGAUGGACCUCAACAGCCCCAUUGUGAAUGAUCAGUGCAAAACCGAUCGCAAGAAGAUAUUGGUCGAAUACUUCAUGGGCAAUCUGAACCGUCACAAUUUCUACGCCUUUCGGUUCUUCGUCUGCGAAGCUCUCAAUUUCGUCAACGUCAUUGCGCAGAUCUAUUUCGUGGACUUCUUUCUGGAUGGCGAGUUCAGUACGUAUGGCAGCGAUGUCUUGAAGUUUACCGAAAUGGAGCCCGACGAUCGUAUCGAUCCAAUGGCCAAAGUCUUUCCAAAGGUCACCAAAUGUACAUUCCACAAAUAUGGUCCAUCGGGUGGCGUUCAGAAGUUCGACGGACUCUGCGUGCUCCCAUUGAACAUUGUCAAUGAGAAGAUCUAUGUGUUCCUUUGGUUCUGGUUCAUCAUUCUGAGCAUCUUAUCGGGCAUUUCGUUGGUCUAUCGCAUUGCCGUUGUCAUGGGACCCAAACUGAGGCAUUUGCUGUUGCGCGCCCGUUCCCGCUUGGCUGAGAGCGAGGAGGUGGAGAAGGUGGCCAACAGGUGCAACAUCGGUGAUUGGUUCUUGCUCUAUCAGCUGGGCAAGAACAUCGACCCAUUGAUCUAUAAGGAGGUGAUCGCUGAUCUAUAUCGUGCAAUGGGCGGCGAUAUUCAAAGUCCACAAAAGCAGCGUUUCGAGGCUUAAGCGCGCGAGUAAGAGGGCGAGACGGAGACGAAGAGAGAGUGAGCGAGAGAAAGAGAGGGAGGGAGGGAGGUAGA